AUCUCACCCGAGUCGAGUGAGAUAUAACGACACCCUUGUGAUCUACAGCUUACGUACUAUAAGACGCUAAUAGCGAUCGCGCUCACCUUUCGUGUUUCUAAGUCAUGUAAGGUCCAGUUCAAUCUCAACUCUUAGGUAUAGGUUUGGUACCUGUUAUAGGGUUGGAGAAUAGUUUGACCUAGUUGCUUACGCCGCUAAUUUGAAGCAUGACUGAUCGAGUGCUUUGAAAUCGUAAGACAUUUCUACAAUAGGGCCUAUCCAAGCUGGUAACCUCUGUCCCUAUAAAUGCCACUUGUGGUUUGUCUCCUAUAGAUUUUUCACCUUUUUUUUUUUUGGCCAAGAGCGUUUGAAGCAUGGCGCCUGAGAGUGAAAUGCCUACCGAAACUCUCCCUUUACUCCCCAGUGAGGUGACAGCUAAAUGGCUCGGAUCCAAAUUGGGACACAAUAUCAAGUCAGUCACCUUGACACGGACCAUGUUCGGCACGGGCAGCAAGCUAUUUUACGCCAUCGAGUACGAAGAUGAAGUAGCCAACCCGAGCUCACGGCCGUCGCAUAUAUGUGUCAAGGGUAUAUUCGACCCUGCAAUGUUUAGAUCCCAGCCAUGGACUCUAAGUCUAGCGCAGCGCGAAGCUGAUUUCUUCGCGAAGCUUGCGCCGGGGAUCAAGCACAUGGGCUAUCCAAAGGGCUGGUGGGGAGGCAAAAACGACCAGCAAGGUAUUGCCAUCAUGUCGGAUUUGGUACAUGAAGGAUGCACGUUUCCACCCGAGGCUGCGUCCUACCCCCUGGAGACGGUACUGAAAGGUGUUUACCAAAUAGCCGGCUUGCAUGCCCAAUUCUGGGGGAAAAGUCAAGAGGACUAUCCAUGGAUCAAUAACAAUUACGACCCGGCUAUGACGAUGAUUACCGAGGCUUGGGACAGUGUCGUUCGAGAACCUGGGCGACCUAAGUUACCCGGGUACCUGAUGGACGGCGCACGUAUUAGAAAGGCACAGAAGAAGUACUACGCUCAGCGAAAUCCCAAGUUCCGAACGCUGCUACAUGGCGACACGCACAUGGGCAAUACUUACUUUACAGCCGAGGGGCACAUGGGUUUCCUGGACUGGUCGGCGUUCCACUUUGCUUCGUGCUUCCACGACCUUGUGUAUUUCGUGUCGACUAUGAUGACCGUGGAGGAUCGCCGAAUCCAUGAGAUGGAAGUGCUGGACCACUACUUGUCAACUCUACACAAGCUGGGCGGGCCAAGGCUUGACAGAAAUGACGAAGAACUUAUGAUCGAGUAUAAGAAAUCCUACUUGACCAACUUGAUUUGGCCCGUCUGUGGGUAUGUCUUGCAGAGCAAGGAGCGCGUAGAUGCCUUUGCUGAGCGCACAAUCGCCGCGUGGGUCGACCAUAAAGUUAUUGAAGUGGUUGAAUCCCAGCCAUAAAGGUACCUGGCAAUAAGGACAAUAUUGGACCUGAAGUGUAAGAGCUGAGGGCUCUGGGGCCUCUAAUCCAGGAUUGGCCAUUACGAUAUCUCAUGAAGUGGA